UCUGAGCAGGACUGGUUUGGGAAAACUGAGCCGACUGGUCAGGAAGUCUGGACUCGUCAUCGCAGCCGGACGGACCUGCAGAAGAGAUGGAAAGCUGCAGGAUUUUUGACCUCUGUGGCUUUGCAGUGAUUUAAAGAAUAUAUGGUGGUCGUUGAUGGUGGUGUGUGAACAGCUGUAGGAGGGGCUUUGUCAGAUAAGGAUGGCAUUAGGUUGGACGAUGGCUCUCUACGUGCAGCGUUUCCUGCUGGCCCUGCUUCUUCUGGGAGCUAAUGUGUUCAUCAGCAUUCACGCUCAAGAGGCGGGAGUGUCUGAGGCGUGGACCAGCAGGUCUUGCAAAUGUGAUUGUGAAGGAGGUGAAUCCCCGACUGAGUUCUCCUCCAUUGGGGCCGGCUCUUCCAUGGUGCGAGGAGUGGACUGCAUGCCAGAGUGUCCGUACCACAAGCCUCUGGGCUUUGAGGCUGGAUCAGUGAGUCCAGACCAGAUCACCUGCUCCAACCAGGACCAGUACACCGGCUGGUUCUCCUCGUGGGUCCCAGGCAAGGCCCGGCUCAACAGUCAGGGCUUUGGGUGUGCCUGGCUGUCUAAGUUCCAGGACAGUAAUCAGUGGGUGCAGAUUGACCUGACGGAGGUGAAGUUGGUGUCAGGGAUCCUCACCCAGGGCCGCUGUGACGCUGAGGAGUGGAUCACCAAGUACAGCGUUCAGUACCGCAUAGACGAGAAACUCAACUGGAUCUAUUACAAAGACCAGACUGGAAACAACAGGGUGUUUUACGGAAACUCUGACCACUCCUCGUCUGUGCAGAACCUCCUGCGGCCGCCCAUCGUGGCGCGCUACAUCCGCAUCAUCCCCCUUGGAUGGCACACACGCAUCGCCCUGCGCCUGGAGCUGCUGCUCUGCAUGAACAAAUGCAAUUGAACCUUUCCUCCCCGCCAUCCCCGAGGCCUUCUCCCGAAACUUCAUCUAUACCUAAAUUGCUCCAUCGUCAGUGUGUGGUCUGUUAUUAUAUCCACAGAUGUGGCCCCCUCCAGCUACAUGCGCAACACCACCAAUUGAAGACAAAAACAUUCAGUUUUUAAAAUACAAACCAAACAGUUUGACUUAUGUGAUUUCAUUCAAAUGUUUGUUUGAUGUGCUCAAUGAGCUUUCAUUCACUCCACUCUCCAUUGUCUCUGUUAAACCAGUCUCACACUGGGGGCUUUCAUUUGGUGAGUUCUCAAUAGAUUGUGCCAUUUGCAAUGAAAUGGCAUAAAUUCAAAGCAAUAAUUAGGCAUGGAGAGGGAGAGGCAGCGUUGCUAUGGAGGUUGUAUCCAAAGGUCUGAGACAAGCUCUUCCAAAACAUUUGUGUCCUCCUGUGAAAGCCUGUCUGCUCCUCUUGAUAUUAACGGUACACAGGGACCUCUCAGUCUCUCCUUCUUAAUCCUUAAAGCAUAAGGUUGGUGAUAUUCUACAUUUCUCUUCCUGUCAACAAAUCCCAUAAAAAGAUCAAAACAAGUAUCGUGUGUGAGACCAAAGGCAUAUCUAUAAUCUUUUUAUACGUUUAUUUGUAUUAUUCCCAAAAACUAUUAUAAAUUCAUCAAUGAGCCACAGUGUGUGACAUUUUCCUUCAUUACAAAACACUUUAGUUUAUUUUGAGUCAAUAACAUACUUGAUCCUGCUGCUCUAAAUACUCAAUGGCUCAGUGUGUAUAAAAUGUGUAUUGAUCCACAGUUGAAAAUAGUCCCCAACAAAUGCAAUAUUUACUCUUGUAAGUACUACAGUGCCAAGCUGUUUUUCUUUUUCUUUUAAAUCAAUAUAAAUAAUAAAAUUGUGACCCCUUAAAAAAAAGAAAAUGGAUUUUCAUCUUCAGUUUGCACAAUGGUGUUUGAUCUUACUGCCUCAGACAGGAUAGAUACGCCAGAACAUAUUGAGAAAAGGAGAACUUGAGAAGAUUUUGUUUCUAUUAAUGAGAUUUGUUGAUAAUAAGAACUCUGUGGAAUAAUGCCAGACCUUUUCUUUAAAUACACCUGUGAUUUCACUUUUCUCUUUUUUGUUUGUAAACACUGACCCUUUUUACAGAUAUCAGUGCUAUGUAAAGAUGGAGGGAUGGAAAAUAUGUUUGUGGUUAACUCCUGAUUUUUUUGUCUCUAACAUUUCAAUACAUUUUCCCAUGGUGCUGUGAGAAUACACUACAAACUGUGAAGAUGUGUUCUUUAUUGUAUCUUUAAACUAUUUCCUUGAUUAAAUGAAUACUUGUUUCAUG